AUGGCUGCCAUUGUUUGUCUAUCAAUGAUUAUUUUGGUGAUGUUCAUGACCAGCAUGUUGGUAGAAACCAACUUAAAUGAACAAGAUUAUUUUUGUCGCAUCGUGUCUCACUAUAAUAUACCUUCUUGCUCUAUUAAAACAGCUAAAUCAUAUUACCUCUUUUGGAGAAAUACCUAUUUUCCCAAAAUCGAUAUCACUCCAGUUUGUUAUUUAAGGGAAGAGGAUGCAAGUUGUUCUAUAUCUUCUUCAAAUGAUCCUGACGCUGAGUUCCCUGGAUGUUGUCCAACAAUAGAAUGUCAUCCUCCUUCAUAA